GUCGACUCCGCCCGACUUGAAAUCAGGAAAUAGCCCAAAGAAAAUGUGUAAGGUAGUUUGUGUGUAACACACGAUUCCGUCUCCUAAAUUGUACUUGUACCGGAUUUAAAGUUCGUUUGGAGAUGUUUCUUUACGUGGUACUUGCCGUUUGCAUGCUGGCCUCUCAAACUGAGGAGGGAAGGGUCCGUGUCAGAAGACAGGGCUGUAGAUAUGAUACCUACAGCUAUGAAGAAAGGUUCUGUUGCAAGUGUGGUCCUGGCUUCAGGGUUAAGGAGCAUUGUACAAUCCAGUCUGAAACUGACUGUGUGCCCUGCAUAACUGGGAAGGAGUACCAAAGUCAGCCCAAUCAGGAGAAAACAUGUGAGCCCUGCACUUCCUGUGAACAUCCACACGCUAAUCUGGUGGUGGACAGGCAAUGCACUCCUUCUGUUGACUCCACGUGUAAAUGCAAGGAGAAUCACUAUUGCUCCUCUGGUGCAGAAUCCUGUAAGACGUGUGAGCCUUGUCAGUCGUGUUCAGAAGGGAUCAAAGUGGCGUGUUCUGCUACCAAUAACACUAUAUGCAAUGACAAACCUCAAGGCAAUACCGUUGCUAUAGUUCUGGGCACAAUGGGAGGCAUAGCAGUUAUUUUUGCAGUUGCUUUACUUCUUUACUUUAAGAAGAAAAGAAAACCAGAGCGUAAUAAUAUUCUAAAUGUUAACGAGAAUGAACCUGAGCAAAGUACACACCUCCUUGGAAGUCUUGGGCCUCACAUCCCUAAAGUUGCAGAAGUGAUUGGAUGGCCAAACAUGAGAAACUUGGCCAUGCAAAGUCAGAUCAGCAAAGGAAGAAUCGAAAGUUGUGAGCAGGAUCACCCAACCAGCAGUGUUGAGCGCACCAUCGCCCUCAUGCGCAUCUGGGAGGAGAAGGAGAGCAGGAAAAGCUCUGAAAAGCUUGUCCAGUACCUAAGACAGAUACACCAAAACAGUACAGCUGAACAAGUGCAGAGCAUACUGAGUGUUGAUAGCAGUUAAAAUAUGGACAGCCUCCUAGCAUAAUAGCGUACGCCAUUUUUUUCAGACAAACUGUAUAGUUCUACUCUCCAGACCCUGCUGUAGGUAUCACUGACUUCAUGCUCAGCCAAUCAGAAAAACGUUUCCAGCCAAAAAACACUUUGUGCGCAAUAGAAACACAUUAUAGUUUCUGUAGAAGUAAUCUGAACUAACUUUACUUCUACUUUCUAUGCUCUAAACAUAGAUUCAAACAGAGAUUAACCAUAGUUACUAGAUAAUAAAUCAGCAAUGAUGUAAUAAAUGUGGCAAUCAAAAAUAUCACAUUGUUUCUCUUCCCAGUAUUUAUAAAACUGAGAUGACUGAUUUGGGACAUGACUAGUUUGGGCUUCCAUUGAUUAGAUAUGGAGUAAACUUUGUUAGAACAGUCGGCAACAGCCCAUUAUCAGUAGCGAUGCAAUGAUAUAUAAUAUCGGAUCAUUUGAUACUGGUAUCAUGAGUCGAUACCUGUGUUGAUAUGCUUGUGUCCCUCCAUGCGCGCUGUUUCAUUGUGUUGUCAUUUAUUUUGGUCCCAAAGGAAAAGUUAUCGUAGCAUCCUUCUCAGAUGCAGCAAGAAAACAGAUUGAUAGACCCAGGAAUUACAAAAUGAUUAAGUUUAAAUAUGUUUAAAUACUUUAGAAUCGCUUUUUACAUCUGCUUUAAUCAAAUGCGCUCAUAUACGCAUCCACCCGCGAUAUAUGCAAUCUUUUUCUCAGACUCUAUCUCAUAAGUUUUACACAGAAAACUGUCUGCUGAGACAUUUCUAUGUAAUAUAACAGAUCUUAAGUGUCCAGAAAGAGGAUGGGAGAGCACAGUGUCACAGACUGUAGCAGGGCAAUGUGGGAGGAACCUACAGACUAAAACUCCCAUGGCCAAUUCAGUGUUUCAGUCGUUUUUUUCUGUUACAAUAUGGAUAUACGUUGUAAAUGAUACACAGUUGUUGAUAACUCUAAUAGAAGUCACCAUGACAAUAGUAAAAAAAUAAUAAUAAUGCGUAAUGUAAUUAUAAUUACAUACAAUAAUUAAAUUAUGAAAACAAUGACUUGGGAAAUGAUGCUAUAUAUUUUAAAUGAAACUGUCAUUGCUUUGUUUAUGAACUUAAAGUUAUUUCAUUUGGAAAGCUCACAGUGUCCUUGUAGACUUGAAAUAUGGAUUUUUGCAAAAAUUUAUUAAACUGUGGUUACUGUGGCUGACUGUAUGCGUUAUCCUUUAGCGUGUGUAUAUGAUUUUAUUAUAAAGCAUACAGAGAAAAAUCCCGCACACCGUCUUACUUGCAAAUUGUGAGAUUUAUUAGGACAAACUGUCAAGCAAACAGGCCUAGUGCCGAAAUGUUGCACGGUUUGUCCUAAUAAAUCUCACAAUUCGCAAGUAAGACGGUGUGCGAGAUUUUUCUCUAUGUUCUGGGGCUGCUCCAACGCACCCAUCUCAAGUAAUUGAUGUGCGAAAUUCUCAUUCUUUUAUUCUAUUAUAAAGCAUAUAUAAUGUCAUGUAAUGUGAAAGGAAAAAAAUAAAAACUUUGUUCAGCCAUGGAUUCUACCUGGACAACUAAGGGAUUUCACAAACAAUUUAAUGUAAUGACAAUAAAUGCUCAAAACAUUAUGAAUAA